AUGGAACUGAAAAGAUUUGAAUUAGAUGAAAAAGGAAGAGAAAUGAAUAACAACUUGGAAAAAGAGAAAGACAGAUUAAAAGAAAUAGAAAUAAAAAAGCUGGUGUGGGAAAAAGAGGUUAAGCUUAAAUUUACAGAGGAUGUAGUUGAAAGAUACUUCACCUCAUUUGAAAAGACAGCUAUGAAGUUGAAUUGGCCAAGAGAUGCUUGGACCAUAGUGUUACAGAGUGUUUUGUUAAGUACAGCAAUUAAUGUACAUGUUACCUUGUCAGAGGAACAAUCUGCAGACUACGAGGUUGCACUUAAUUGGCAUGUUGAUGUAGCUACCUUUUUAAUAGAAAGAGGAGCUCGAGUAAACCAGGCUGACAGUUAUGGUCGAACUCCACUUCAUGUUGCUGCAUCGUUGAACUACAUUGAUAUGAUUGAGCUGUUGUUAGAAAAUAAUGCGAAUAUUGAGGCACGAACUACCGAAGAAUGGCAGACCCCAUUCCAUUAUGCAGCUAAGUAUGAUGCAACAAAUUCUAUUCAGUGCUUACACAACAAGGGUGCAAAAAUUCAUGUUCUGGAUUACAAACAAAGAACUCCAUUGUAUCUUGCAGCAUUUUAUGGUAAUUGUCAAGAUGAGUAA